AUUUUAUGAUAUCGACCAGAUCGCGUCGUUUUCCCUCCCUACACCCGAAGAUAUGCGCCCCAAUCUUCUUAAAUGGUUCCUUAUUUCGAUUAAUACCCCAGUUAUUGUGGUUGAGUAAAACUUUCCAAUUGACCGUCACACCCAGCAAAGAGGAGCCUUUUAAAUUGAUCAAAUCGUUCGGCAUUCGCUCAUUCUGUAACUGUUGCAGCUGCCCGGAAAGCUAGUUCAUGAGACCUGGCAAGACGUAACCAGGGAAAUAACACGAAUCUUUGAUUAGCUAUAUUUACAAAAUAAGCAGGAUCAUAUCCAAAGAAUAAGGAACGAGUGGAGGGGCAAGCGUUGGAACCGACAGGUAGAUUAGAGAUGGAGGGAGAUGACUGCAGUUUUCCUCCAGAUUCAUCAGAUGAUCACUCACAAAGAGGAAGUGUUGCUUCCUCUGCAACCCUUUCCCGUGCUCAGGAUGUGCUUGUGUACUUGUUUGGAGAAAGCGCAGUACACUUAUCAGUAGAAGGGCUCGGCAGUGUCACUGUGCAGGAGUUGGGCCGCAGCGUUCGUGAGGCUCUCCAUAUUCCCGAGUCUGCACAGGACGUUUUUGCCUUCUGGCUUUGCUCUCCACUGCUCGAACUGCAGUUAAAGGCAAGGCAUCAGCCAUACAAAUUGUGUCGACAGUGGCAAGACUUGCUUUAUCGUUUCACUGAGGCUUCAGAGGAAGACAUUUCACAAGAUGAACCGUACCUUCAGUACAGACGCAAUGUGUUCUAUCCCAAAUCCAAAGAACUGCAGAUUCAUGAUGAGGGAGUGUUGAGACUUCUUUAUGAGGAGGCCAAGAGCAACAUCCUCACUGGUCGAUACCCCUGUGACCCUGAGCACUGGACAGGUCUUGGAGCCUUGUCUCUUGCCCUUGAUGAGGGAACUGGUCUGGACGGCCAACAUUUUACAACUACCAUAAGGGAAAAGAAGCUGUCUUCUUUCCUGCCUGCACAUGUCACCAUGGGAAGUGGAGGUUUGCUCUCCACACUGAGAGGGAAGUCGAGUCGUCAGGCAGGGCUGGAGCAGAACCUCCUGGAGCAGUACAGGAAGAUCAGCACAUCUGCUGGAAACUCUCCUGAGCCCACAGACCUCUUACACCAGUACCUCAAUACAUGUCACGCUCUGCCUUAUUAUGGGUGCGGUUUCUUCAUUGGGGAGAUUGACAAACCAGCUCAAGGGAUCCUUCAGAGGGGGAAACGCAAAGCCGUCAAUGUUGGAAUCUGCCUGGAGGGAGUUUAUGUGAUGGAUGUCAAAGAGAAGCACGUGCUGCUCGGGCUGCGUUUCAGCGAGCUCUCCUGGGACCAUAGCUACCCUGAGGAGGAGGGCGACUCACACAUUCUGUGGCUAGAGUUUGAUGGGGAGGAAGAUGGCACCCCUGUCAACAAGUUGCUAAAGAUCUACUCAAAACAGGCAGAGCUAAUGAGCGGCUUCAUUGAGUUUUGCGUGGAGCUGAAGUCUACAUCUGAAGGAGGAGCUGCAGCCAUGGUGGAAGGGGAGGUGAGUGUGCCUCAGGAGAGCGGCGCCAAGAAUGGACGUGGAGGACGCCGGGGGAUGCUGCACAGGCAAGGCAGUGUCGUGUGCAGUCGGGUCCACUCACUUAACACCAUCAGCUACGUGGACAAUGGAAAAGAAAUCAAACGCUUGAAGCCGAAAAGAGCCGCGUCCUUUUUCACCCGACAGCCUCCCGCACCCAGCUACUCCGCUGUGCAAGUGACAGAAAGUCUGGAGCAGGGUUAAAGUCACUGAUCGACUCUGCCCUGAUCCUCGCAAAGACCAAAUCUGAACAUUUUACACUGACAUUUAAAGACAAGACUUGAUGCAAGCUUGAGACAUUUAACUGCUAACAUGUGAACACACAAGGACCAAGCAAGAGUGUGAGUGACAAUAUUUAUCUUCUGAAGUUGUACAUACGGUAUUUAGAAAGUACAUGUGAAAAACAAAACCAUCUAUUCACAGAUAUGCUUCCAAGGUUGAACUGAAGUGGCUGUUCAUUAGAUGGCCUUACAUAUAGAACAUUGACCUCUUUCAUAAGACAAGCCUUUGAGAAAUCCUUAAUUCUGACCUUGCUUGCAGAUUUACUGCUGUCACUCAAACAUGUUACACCUCAAAAGAGUAUAUGCACUGCAUUACCUCUUUUUACCAUAUCGGGGGCUGAACACCAAGAAUGCUGCAAUAACUCCCCAUAUAGCAUUUUGUUACUCCUCCUCAAAACGGAAAGAGGUACUACAUGCUUCUUACAGUCAGCAUGACAAGCGCUUUUAGGGGACGAUCUAAAACUCUUUGCUUUUUCAAACAGCCGGUGCCUUGUUCUCAGGAAAGGGCGAAGCCACUUUAGAAUAGAACUGGUACAAGUGUCGAGUGCUCUGCGCAACUUAUUAUAAGUCAUCCAUAUGGGAGCACAUUGGCUGUGUUGUGGAAGUAUCUUGUAAGUACACAUAUUCAAGAGUUUGAUAUUAUUAAUAUUUAGUGACACCUGUAGCUGCUAUUCAUGGUUUGUUGUUACUUUCAAAAAAUAUUUUGAUGUGGAAAAAACAAAAGAUGUUUUAUUGUAGCAAGCAGAAGAAGUUGCACUGUGAUUUUCACAGUGUCGAGCCGGUAUCCACAAAUAAGGGAAUACAAUUUUGAGUUAAAUUACAGAAAAUGGGUUCUCUUUAAAUUAUUUAUCCAUCUAAUAAGAUCUUUCAUCCUUCACAAUUAGAAACCAUACCGUUACUCCUGCCUGUUGGAAUUUCAUAAUCAUAGAUAAACACAGGUAGACAUCCAUACACAGGUCCGGGCUUGACUAUCAUUUGCUUGGUCAGACCCUUUUAACAAAGGAUUAUUAAUGCAGCACUAUGCAUGUGCAACUUGUGAUCUUAACCGUGUUCAUCAGCACCACUUUAACCAAGCAUUGUUAGGCUACAGCUUGCUUGUGUAGUUUUUGGCUAACCAUUUAAAUUGAAUGAACACAAUCAUGACACCAUUUGAAAGAAGACAGGGAACACAAUC